AUAUCGGCACAGACGAAAACAAAAACUGAAUUUAACAGCUUCUAGAGAGAGAGAGAGAGAGAGAGAGAUCAAGCAAGCGACUGAGAGUGGCGUUCAGACAGAACCUAACCACGAUCCGUGCUUCUUUGUCCGUUUCUUCCUUCUCCAAACCAAAAAGAAAAAAAAGAAACUUCCUUCCCCGACACUCCCAUUUGAUCGGAGCUCAACAUUGCUCGAGACAGAGACAGAGAGGUUAGGGUGAUCCAUGAUGGAGCGGUACGAUCGCGCAGGCGAAGAAAGGUCGCGUGCAGAUCCACCACCUCCAGGAACCGAAACCGGUUUAGAAGGUUCGAUGUGGCGGUUAGGGCUGCGAGGCGGUGGAGGUGAACCAUUCCCGGAGAGACCCGAUGAGCCUGAUUGUAUUUAUUACUUACGAACCGGUGUUUGCGGGUACGGGUCUAGGUGUCGGUUCAAUCACCCACCAAACCGUGCUCCGGUCUUGGGAGGAGGUCUCAGAACAGAGCCUGGAGAGUUUCCAGAGAGAAUGGGACAGCCCGUGUGUCAGCAUUUUAUGAGAACAGGAACAUGCAAGUUUGGUGCUUCUUGCAAGUAUCAUCAUCCUAGACAAAGAGGAGGAGAUUCUGUUAAUACUCCUCCUGUCUCAUUAACCUACAUGGGAUUCCCAUUACGCCCGGGUGAGAAAGAAUGUUCGUAUUACAUGAGAACCGGUCAGUGUAAAUUCGGUUCCACAUGUCGGUUUCACCAUCCCCUUCCUCCUAGUGCACAACCUCCACCGCAGCAGUUAUCAACCGGUUCAGCUAUUUAUCCAUCGUUACAGUCUCAGUCAGGAGUUUUUGUAGCAAGACCUCAGCUUUUACCAGGCUCUUACGUUCAAAGCCCUUACGGUACGUACAGCCAAAUGGUUCUUCCUCCUCCCGGUAUGGUUCCCUACUCUGGCUGGAACCCAUACCAGGCUUCUGUUACUGCAAUGCCUUCCCCUGGGAGUCAACCUUCUAUAGGAUCAAGCUCUGUUCCUCUGGCGUCUGCUUAUCAAUCGGGCCCAUCUUCGAAUAAGGAACAGUCUUUUCCUCAGCGACCUGGAGAACCAGACUGUCAGUACUUUAUGAGAACCGGAGACUGUAAAUUCGGAGCCUCUUGCAGAUUCCAUCACCCACUUGAAGCAGCGCCGCCAAAGGGAGUUACUCUCAGCAGUAUUGGCCUCCCACUUCGUCCUGGCACGGCGCCAUGCAGCCACUUUGCGCAACAUGGGAUCUGUAAGUUUGGGCCUGACUGCAAAUAUGACCACUCCAUGGGCUCUUCCUCGCUGAGCUACAGCACGUCAGCUUCUUGCCUCGCUGACAUUCCCGUUGCGCCUUAUCCUCUCGGAUCUUCAACGCUAGCUCCUUCAUCAUCAUCAUCCACGUCUGACCAACGCACAGAACUACACUCUUCGAGCUCCGUUAAACCAAAAACCACGACUAGUGGUGGCUCGGAAACUGUGUCUGCUGGAGUCUCUUCUUCUAUGACUGGCGGCGUGAGCCAGUCCGAGCCUGCUGCUGAGACCAAAACUGAUGACUCAGCUAGUGUUGAGGUUGAGACUUCGAGUUAAUGAGACAAAACUCAAAAGGAGAGAAGAGAAGAGAAUCUUUCUCUAUUCUUCUUAGGUUAUAAUCUCUCUUUCUUUCUUUUUUUCCCCUCUCUAUCUCUCUUCUUCUUUUCAUCAAACUUUCGUGAACUCAGGAACAUAAAAAGGAAAAGCAGAGAGAGAGAGACGAAAGCAGCUCUAGUUUUGUAUGCUGUGUCUCUCCUCUUAGGUCUCUCUUACCAUAUAUGUCCAUAUGAUUCCUUCUUACGGCCAUAUCAUCUCUCUGUAUUUUUUUUUUUAAAUUUGUUUUCUGUUUAACUUUUCGAAAACAAUUAUUAAUAAAAUGGCCUGAAAAUCCCUUGUUUUUAAGGAAAAAAUAGUUAUGGAAUAUGGGAUUUGAUCGAGAGUCCAAUUUUUCUUUUUGAUUGGGUUUGUUUUCUAAAUAAAAG